GUUCAGUACACUACGGUAUAAAUAUGAUGGCCGUCAUCAUGGCAUUCCAUCAGACAGCAUCUGAGUAUCCUUCUGUCCUUAUCAUUUCUCUCCAAAAUGAGUGACUCUUUCGUUCUAUACCGUUACCAUCCCUCUUAUGCUGCAGCCGUGGUUUUUGUCAUAGGGUUUCUACUCUCCGGACUGGGACACAUCUUCCAUCGCAAUAUUCGCAACAAACCGACCGAACGAUCGGUCUCCCUUGCGGCUCCGUGGGAAAGAGUCAUGGUGGUGCUGUACGCUGUGAGCGCGCUGAUCAUGGUGCGAUCCAUCUAUCGAGUGGCGGAAUAUAUCCAAGGAAGCUCGGGGAGUUUGCAGGGUCAUGAAGUAUUUAUUUAUGUGUUUGAUGCGACGUUGAUGUUGGUGGGGUGUCUGGUCUUGAAUGUUUUUCAUUCGAGUCAGGCGCUGAGGGAGAAGGGGGUUUAUCAGUCGGAGAUGGCCUAAGCACUGAUGAGGGUACCUGUGAUGGGAUGUUGGCGUAUCAUCUGAUAUGUGCUAUAACGCGGG